AUGAACAUCCUGGAUGACAAGGGGGGGAGGAAAUGAUCUGUAGGUUUUUGUUCUGGAACUGAACUUCUCCUUUAAAGAGGCUCGGCCUAGAGAAAAGAAAGCGUUGGGGAAGGAGGAAAAGGAUGGACGGUUCGUGUUAAACAGAUGGUUUUGUUGUUGUUUGAGAACGUCGAGCUGGAUUUCCGGGAAGAUGUGAAGGAUUGUGGGUUUUUCCAUCAAGUGUUGUUAUGAUGAAGUGGAGCAAGAAGAAGAAGAGGAAGAAGACGUCACUGGAAGAGCCAGAUACACAUGUGGGGAUGGAAAGACUGCACCACACACACACACACACACACACAGUUAUUAAUACACUCCUUAUUAAAAAACUUAAAAGAAAACAAAAAAAACCCAUGACUGAAGAAAGAUGACCUCCUUCUGAGAGAAAAAUAAAACAUUUCGGCUAAAUUCAGCACAGAACUGUGACGAUACACACCGUGCCAGACGGGAAAAAGAUGAUAAUUAAAGGAAAGAUGAACUUUUAUUAUAAUCAAACCACAGGGAUACUGAACACAGCACUCGGACCUGCUUUUCUCGCAGAACAGCCUUCUGAGAAAUGAUUCAUCACGGUGUUAGGAACAUUCUUAUUGAUUUGUCAGUUGCCCUGAUUUUCCUGAUGAAGCUCCUGUCCUACCACAUCCCAUGGACUCAGCCCUGGUGACCGGUGAAGUCAGAUGCUCAGAAAAACCUUUGAUGAUGCAGGAGUCAAGAUAUUUUUAACGGAGGCUCAUGCAGGCAUUUUUAAACAAAUAUAAGAUAAGAUUAGAUACACUAUAUUAUCAAAAGUUUUGGGACGCCCCUCCAGAUCAUUGAAUUCAGGUGUUGUUUUUCAGGGGUUUGGGGUCAACACCUUUGGGUUGAAUUAGAGCGGAGACUGUGAGCCAGACCAAAGCUGGGAAGUCUGCCUUUAUAUGCACAUGAAUGUAAUAUGGAGUUGUCCCUCCCUUUGCAGCUAGAACAGCUUCAACUCUUCUAGGAAGGCUUUCCACAAGGUUUAGAUUCAUCCCAAAGGUGUUCUAUGGGGUUGAGGUCAGGACUCUGUGCAGGACAGUCAAGUUCCUCCACACCAAACUCACUCAUCCAUGUCUUUAUGGACCUUGCUUUGGUCACUGGUGUGCAGUCAUGUUGGAACAGGAAGGGGUCAUCCCCAAACUGUUCCCACAAAGCAUGAAAUUGUCCAAAAUGUCUUGGUAUGAAGCGGAAGCAUUAAGAGUUCCUUUCACUGGAACUAAGGGGUUGAGCCCAACCCCUGAAAAACAACAACUCAAUGAUUUGGAGGGGUGUCCCAAAACUUUUGGCAAUAUAGUGUAUUUCUGGUUAUUUCAAGCAAAAUGAUCUCCUAUUGGCAUGCAUAUGCUAAUUACAUACUCUUCACUUUUUUCUUGGCUAGCCAGAUUCCCCACAACAUUACACCACCCACACCAGGGGGGCGCUAUCUGAAUUUCUUUCCAGCACAAAAUGGCGCAUAAUCCGUAAUAACCUUUUUGUUUAUUUCACUUUCAUCCCCACCCGUGUUUUUCUCUCAGUCCAUUCUUCUCAAACCCUCCUCAUGAGGCCUUGAGUGCUCGAAGUCACGUACUGUCUUGACGAGGUCACUUACCUAGAAACCACAUUCUUUCAUAAUUCUACACAGAGACGCUGAGAGCUACAGAGAAAGGUUUUUAAUGACUUGGGAAAUAAUAAUAAUAAUAAUAAUGAUAAUAAUAAUUUGGUAUCAUGACCCGUUGCCUCGUGGCCUUAGGCAUAACAGUCCUUAAGCCCUGAUGUGUUGAUUCAGUUGGAUUUCUAAUAUGAGCUAAAAAAAAAAAAAAUGCAUUAAAGCAAGAUUUGAUCCUUGCUUUGAAAUCUAUUGGAGAAAAUCCUGCUAAAAUUCCGUCCAGCACCAUCCUGAUGUUUCCUGAUGUGAUGUUUCUAGAGAGAAAGACUGGACUUUUAUAAUGAUGAUGAUGAUGGGAGACUGUUACGGAAGCGCAUGCAGUAAUUCAGCGUCUGUGAUUGCGUCUUUGUGCCUCCGCAUCUGUCUUUUGCUCCGAGUCGGCUUUCACUGCGCCCUCUUAUCACAUCUCCAGGAAGUGACAUCACCUCACAACGCAGCUUGGAUUAGACCCCUCUCUGUCGUUAUCUCUGCUCGAACACUUAUCGCCGUCUCCUGAUUGCAUGAAUGGAAGCUUAAUUAUCAGCUUAUGAUGAACUCGUUCCAGCUCAAGAGCCGCAUCUGCUGUUGCUGGGCAUGCGGGGGGUGGGGGGUGGGGGGGACUCUGCACGAUGGUGGACGCGUGGUGAUGAUGCGUUGAUCUGAUGAAACGCGUGGACUGUUGUUAGUGAAAUUCCAGACUGUGCAGUAAAAUGCUUAUGACGUAAAAUAAUUCUGUUUCUCCGUCAGAUCAGGAACCACUAUUGAAUUCUCUCAUCUGAUUGGUCGGAAGCUGUUGAUUCGCUCGCUAUAACAACAAUACAAAGGUAGACGUAGAAAAACAUAGCAUCUACGGAAGGAGUCUCCGGUAUCAGAGUUCCUCUGUAAGGGUUUCAUCGUCUUAAUAACUUAAAGAGCAUGAGACGACUUUUUUUAUGAAUAAAAAAAUGUUUGCAAACACUUCCGGAUGUGACGAUAUAGGAAAAAUAAUCAACUUUCUGUGUCUUCAUAUUUGGCUAUACUGAGGUGUUAUGUUGUCAUGGAUACCAUGAUGUCACGUGUUCCUGCAUGUCUGGAAUGUCCUACGGAGGAGCCGAAAUGUUUCCUGAUGCAUGUCUUGUGCUCUAUGUGAACAUGACGUGCCUGUGUGUGUGUGUGUGUGUGUUUAUGGAACAGAAGCAGCUUUCAUGUAUAGGUGACUGUGUGUUACACUUGCAUGCGGAGUGUGAAUGGGUUAUUACGUCGACUCUACACUGCUAUAUAGAUGCAUGCUGAAGUCUGUGUGUGUGUGUGUUCCAGUGUUUUUUAUUUCAAAAAAUAUAUAUAUUUUUGUCUAUCAGUAAACUUGUAGUCAUGUUUUUUUUCCCAACAAACUCCUGGAGUUCCACAACUACCACCAUAUCGGGUGUCUAAUUGUGCAUAAGAGUGUGUGUGUGUGUGUGUUCAUGUUUAUAUGUUGUGCAUGUGUGUAUGUUCAUGUGAAUGGUGUUUGUGUGCAUUUAUAUAUAUAUAUAUAUAUAUAUAUGUUUAUCUUUGUGUGUGUGUGUGUGUGUGUGUUUGUGUUUUUGUUGUGUGUUUAUAUUUGCAUUUGAGGGUAUGUGCAGGCAAAUGUACAUCUAUAUAUGUGUGUAUAUUUGUUUUUCAUAUAAUGUGUGUGUGAGUGUGUGUUAUUUGCAUGUGCUUAUGUAUCUCUCUAUAGUAUGUGUUUUGUGUGCAUUCAUGUUUGUGUUGCAUCUGUGUGUGUGUGUGCGUGUGUUCAUGUUUAUAUGUAUUGCAUGUGUGUUUGUGCGCGUGUGUGUGUGUGUGUGUGUGUGUGUGCGCGACUGUGUGUGCGUGUGUGAAGCCUAGCAGCAGCAGCAGCACGUGAGAGAGUCGCGAGAAAGAAAACGGAGCCUGAUGUGGCGUCAUCGCUACCUAGCGACCUGUUGCUUAGCGACGCGAGGCGAAACAGCUGUUCCGGCGAGGGCCAAUCAGAAGGCGGCGAGCGGCGCGUGCCCUCGCUUUGCGCUGGAAAACGGGGAGAUUUGGAGGAUAUUUUUAAUACAGUGUUGUUUUAAAAGGGCUCAUCACUCUCUCUCUCUCUCUCUCACACACACACACACACACACACACGCACCUACAGGCGCGCGCUCAGGGGCGCAGACACAGGAACGAGGGUUAUUAAAGCGUCUACAUCCGGGACAUUUUUAGUAAUAAUGACCCAGAGAGCCAGCGGAGUGUGCUGCUGAUUUUAUUUCCUCCAGCAUCUUCAUAAACAAUGACAUGUUUAUCUUUCUGUCACAGAUAUAGUCCACAAGCACAAGGCGCGUUUCAUUCAUCUUCUAGACCUGUUAGCAACUUUGCACUCGGAGGGCGUGUGUGUGUGUGUGUUAGAUACAGGAGCGAUGCUCAGGUGAACACGGCUGUCGUUAGAAAGCAGUGGUCAGGAUCUUCACGGCGAGCGUGCACUCAUCGGUCAACGACGUCGAAAGUCGCCUACUUUAAGAGGAAGUAUGCGGAAGAGGAGGACGUCCAGGGACGCCUACAUGGAUAUUUACAAAAACACCUGAUCUUACGCGAGGAGCGCAGCUGUAUUUUGCGCCUAUCGCUGCAGAAGCUGCGUUUCCUGGACGACCCCGAGGCCUUCCUGCGCCGCGCCGUUCUCAUCAACAACCUGCUGCGCAAGAUCCACUCGGACGAUGGGCAGAAGGACCGAGACAGACAGCAGAAUGGAGAGAAAGAAGAAGAGGAGAGGCUUUUUUACUUGGACAGGAAGAGACUAAAAGUCCUGGUGACACCUGAACACGAACAUUCCAUCUUCUUCUAUCCGCUUAACAACAACUGUUAAAAUCACACUGUACUUAAAGCACUGGCAUUUAAACCCAGUGGAUGAUGGCAUAGAAUGGAGGCGGAGGUGUGUAUCUGUGCAGUGUGUGUGUGUAUGUGUGUGUGUGUGAGAUACUGUGUGUCACUCGGAAGCUGGGGUUGUCGCAGUAUGAGAAGAACUGCAAGAAGCAUCAGGGUUUUACACCUAAAAAGGAAAGACUCGAGCCUAACUGCCUCUCUAAAUAAACUUUAAUUGUGCUUUUUUUUUUGCUAAGCAUUUUUCAGGGAUUUAAAAGAAAAAAAGCCAUGCACUUUGUAUCUCUUUAAGUAAAUGUAAAGUGUAAAGUUUCUUGCCUGAAUAUUGUUCUGCUACAUGAGCCACGGUUUCCAAGCAAAGCAUCUGAUAUAAUAUAUUAUUACUGUGUAAGGACUGCGUGUGAUGGACAGAGCGAGGAGAAACUCUCCAAAUGACCCGUAGUGCUCUACUGCCCUCUAGUGUUCACCAGUGUGAUUGUUGUUUUUCAUAUUUAGUGCAAAGUUCUCUCCUGAUUGUAGAUUUCAGACACUAAACAAUAUAGAAAGUUCAUUUAAAGCGAGAGGAAAACUUGUUGGAAAAAUCUGAAGAGGAUUCGUAGUUGGGAAGUUCUAGCUCUUCUUAUACCGUCUAUUUUUCUACUUGCAGCUUAAUUGCACUCUUGCUACAGAUUAUUAUUUAAUCAGCCUUAAACAUGUUUACAUAUCAAAACCAUCCUUAAACAGUGAGAUUUAUUCAUUCACUUCUGUUUCAGUUUCCAUCACAACUGCAGACUAACUGCAAAAGUCUGAUGCUCUCAAUGUUAGAUAGAAAAAACAUCAACAACAACAAAGCGGUUGUGAAGAUUCGGUUAAUAUUUUUGCUGUGUUUUGUGUAUAGUUACUUAAAUAUAUUUUAUGCCAUGCAAUGUCAACUAUUAGCUUGUAAUAGUUGAAAUGUGUUUUUGUAUAAAUGUAGAUGUGUAAGUUGUUAUUGGAGUUGUUUUUGUUGAAGUAUCUAAGAAUAUGAACUAUGAACUGAUUAUCAAAGUGCUAUCUUUUGGACAUUUAAUUUUUUUUUAAAGACAUAUUCUACAAAAAAAGGAAACCAAAUUUUUUGCCAAAAGAGUAAAGUAGCAUUUUAAAAAAAUCUAUUUUUCAAAUUUCGUGUAUUUCAAACAAAUAAAAUGGAAGAGUUUA